AUAUUGUCCCAAGGUUGCAACCAUUCCAUCAACAACUUAGUACAAUACAGAAAGACACAAACACAUCAAUUUUACCAACAUAGUGUUCAUUCAUUUAUUUUGUCACACUACACAACAUUCAAACAAACCAAGAAUCAUGAUAUCUUCAAUCAAGUGCACAAGUACAUCAUCGUUCACCAGCUCUAAUUUCACAAGCACAAAGCUUCCACUUCCAAGGUCUCAAUUUUCAAUUCUACCAACCAUUCAAAAUGUUGAACAAAACAUGAGUCUCCCUUUACUCUCUUCCAAGAAACCUCUCUACCUUUCAUCCACUCAAAAUUUUGCAUUGCUAACAAAACCCAAAAGAAAGAAUGUGACAGAAUGUCAAGCCUAUGAGGCUGAUAGAUCAAGACCACUAGAGAUUAACAUUGAACUUCCUAGUGAAGAAGCAGCUCAAAAGCUUAAGAUUGGAUUGUAUUUUGCUACUUGGUGGGCUUUGAAUGUUGUUUUCAACAUAUACAACAAGAAAGUUUUGAAUGCUUUUCCUUACCCUUGGCUUACUUCCACUUUGUCCUUAGCUGCUGGUUCUCUCAUGAUGUUAAUUUCAUGGGCUACUAGGGUUGCUGAGGCCCCAAAAGUUAACUUGGAUUUCUGGAAAGCUCUUUUUCCUGUAGCUGUGGCACACACAAUUGGGCAUGUUGCUGCAACUGUGAGUAUGUCCAAAGUAGCAGUUUCAUUCACUCACAUCAUCAAGAGUGGAGAACCAGCUUUCAGUGUGCUAGUAUCAAGAUUCUUGCUUGGAGAAGCAUUCCCUAUGCCAGUUUACCUCUCAUUGUUGCCAAUAAUUGGUGGUUGUGCACUAGCUGCUGUAACAGAACUCAAUUUCAAUAUGAUUGGAUUUAUGGGAGCUAUGAUAUCAAAUUUGGCAUUUGUAUUUAGGAAUAUAUUCUCAAAGAAAGGAAUGAAUGGAAUGAGUGUUAGUGGAAUGAACUAUUAUGCUUGUCUUUCAAUGUUGUCACUAUUAAUUCUCACACCUUUUGCAAUUGCUGUGGAGGGUCCUAAAGUUUGGGUUGCAGGCUGGCAAACAGCUGUGUCUCAAAUUGGUCCGAAUUUUGUCUGGUGGGUGGUUGCUCAAAGUGUGUUCUACCAUUUAUAUAAUCAAGUGUCAUACAUGUCUCUUGAUCAGAUUUCUCCCUUAACAUUUAGCAUAGGAAAUACAAUGAAGAGAAUUUCUGUAAUAGUCUCUUCCAUCAUUAUCUUUCACACACCACUUCAACCCAUCAAUGCUCUUGGAGCUGCCAUUGCAAUUCUUGGCACCUUCAUCUAUUCACAGGCAAAACAGAAUUAAGGUUGCGGUUUUGAAGCUGUUAUCGAACACAUGGGAACGAUGAUUCACAGUUGGAGCUCUAAGGGUAUACUAUGAUUAGGAGGACUAUGAUCUUAAAUAGAGAGUGUAUUAUGAUGUGAAUUAGAGUGUAUUAUGUUGUCAAUAGGAAUUUUCUUUGAGGCCAUCGUAAUGGUUUGUAAUAUCGUUUUUAUGUAUAAAAGAAUAUGAGUUUUCAAUAGGUUUCA